CGAUAUUUUAUGAACUUCAUCGUGAUCCCAGGAUUUCUUAUACUAUUCACCAGUCAAUCUCUCAUUUUUUAAACCCGAUUGAAGAGCUCCUAUAAAAUCAAUCAAUAAAUUAUAAUCUUCAUCGUAAUCUAGCAAUAUUUUUUUAUACUUUCUAUUAUAAGUCUAUCUUUGAUUAUCUCGAACCGAUCAAAAGACUCUUAUAAGAUCAAUCAUCAUGCAUUUGAACCUAUUCUUUUUGCUUGGUGGCUUAAUGUUCGCUGAGCAGACCAUAGGGGGUCGUAUCGAUGAAUCGAAUUACCCCCAAGGUACCAUAGUGGUUCAACCAGGGCAAGGAACUUUGACCGCGGCGCUUGCUCAACUCAAAGGGAGGUCUGGACCUCAGGCUAUCUUAUUGCAGCCAGGGGACUAUUAUGACAAUGCUGUCUUGAAGGGUUAUAAUGCUGGUGUAGUCUUACAGGGAGCACAGGGAAGUGCCAGCAGCUACCGGUCUAAUCGUGUUAGAGUCAUUUCCUCAAAGAAAGGCUUAGAUGUGGCUUCAGCUUUACAAGUUGUUGCAGACAAUGUUGAAGUCUAUAGCAUUACUUUUAUCAAUAACUUUGGUACUGGUCAUGAUACACAAGCUGUGGCCUUGACAGCAGCUGGAAACAACCAAAUAUACGGUCAAUGUAGCUUCCAAGGAUAUCAAGACACAUUAUAUGAUAAAAGUGGUAAACAUCUCUUCGAUGGAUGUGAGAUCAUAGGUGCAAUGGAUUUUAUAUUUGGUUCAGGUACUAGCUUCUAUUCGAAUCCACAAAUCGGUAUUCUCAAGUCAGUCUCAGGAGGAAAACAAGUUAUUACUGCAAAUCGGGCAGGAAUCUUUGUUUUUCAAAAUCCCAACAUUCAAGAUAUUGAUGGUGCUGCUGCUCAAUCUACUUACUAUGGAAGAGCUUGGGGUUCGAAUCCAAAGGUCGUAAUGCAAAAUGCCAAACCUCCAGCCAGUUUAAAUAAAGACGGUUGGAAUAUGAAAGCAGCAGGAAACAUUGAAUUUUCAUCUGCUGGUUUUCUAGAGUAUCCAGUAGCUCAAACUACUAAUGGUCAUACUUCAUCUAAAGCUUAUACUAAGCAAGAAAUCUUUGGUUGAGUUUAGAGACCUUUUCAUGGAACCGCUCUCAUUUUUCAUCGUUUUUAUAAUUUUUCUAUGUAUCAGCUCUUCAAAUUCAUUUUAUUAUCACUUUAUUUUUCUUCAGAGAAUCAUGGACCUUGUCAUUUCGUUUAUGACCGCUGUAAUCAGAUUCUUUCUUAAGCAAUAUGAUAUCUAGUUAUGCAGUUUGAAGUACAACACCUUUUCUUCC